AUGCUGCUAGAAAUUGAUCUUGUAGAAGUUGGAUUUGGAAAAGGAUUUUUACCAGACAAAUAUAUUGAAAUUAAUGGUAGAAUUACUAAUGUGCGUAGUGCUUUUUAUGUUUAUUUGUUGGAAGGCCCCUACCCAAAAGCCGACGAGCCAUUCAGAUUCGCGUCACACCACCAAAUCCGUCCACAGAUUGUACUUGAUAGUUGGUCUAAAUCUGGAGGGUCGGGAGGUGUUAAUUACCAUCGUUCACCUUUGCAAAUUGGCCAACCACUUAUUUUGAAAUUUGUUGCAGCGCCAAAAAAUACAACAACUACAAUUCCAUCAAUAAUUAACCUUGUAGAUCAAGGAUUGGGAAUAGGAUUUACAUAUCCAAAGCAUAUUAUAAUUUUUGGGACACCUGUUGCACCAACACGCUUUGACAUUAGCUUGGUUGAGGAGGGUGUGCCUGAAGAAACUGCCGACAUUCCAUUUCACUUAAGUGCAGACUUUUCUCAAAAGAAGGUUAUUACUGACACUUGGGUAAGAGGUACAGGAUGGAUAGGAAAAGAGAGCACAGAAGUCCUUCCAUUCAAAGUUGGCCAAUCAUUCGAAUUGGGAUUUAGAACAGCAGAUAAAAAUGGAAUAGAUAUAUUAGUCGACAGAAAUCUAGUUUUAACUUUAAACCGAAACGACUUGAGUAAAAUAACUCAAUUGGAGAUUAAAGGGGCAAUCGUAGUAAAAUAUCUUAUCAUGUGCAAAAAGAGAUUUUGA